UCCCUCACGACUGCGACUUGGGCUCUGUUGUGGGCGGAGAGCCUGUCAGCUCAGCAGCUGCACCAUGGUACUGAAGAGCAGUCCAAAUUUCCUGCCCUGCGGGAAGUCCAAGGUCCUCCCACUUCUAUCUAGGUCCAGGAAGAAUGCAGUGACCUAUGAUGACGUGCAUGUUGACUUCACUUGGGAAGAAUGGACUUUGCUGAAUCCUUCCCAGAAGAGUCUCUACAAAGAUGUGAUGGUGGAGACCUACAUAAACCUCACUACUAUAGGAUACAUUUGGGAAGACCAUAAUAUUGAAGAACAUUGUCAAAGCUCUAGAAGACAUGAAAGGCAUGAAAAAACACACACUAGAUUGAAACCCUAUGAAGAAAAUGAGUGUGGUAAAGCCUUUUCACAUCACAGUCAUCUUCAAAUGCAUAAAAGAUCAUACACUGGAGAGAAACCCUAUGAAUGUAAUCAAUGUUCUAAAACCUAUGCACGUCACCGUACUCUUCAAAUGCAUAAAAGAACACAUACUGGAAAGAAGCCAUAUGAAUGUAAUCAGUGUGGUAAAGCCUUUGCACUUCCCAGUACUUUUCAAAUGCAUAAAAGAACACAUACUGGAGAGAAGCCCUAUGAAUGUAAUCAGUGUGGUAAAGCCUUUGCGUUUCCCAGUAUUCUUCAAAAACAUAAAAGAUUACAUACUGGAGAUAAGCCCUAUGAAUGUAAUCAGUGUGGUAAAGCCUUUGUGUGUCAGAGUAAUCUCCAAAUGCACGAAAGAACCCAUACUGGAGAGAAACCCUAUGAAUGUAAUCAGUGUGGUAAAGCCUUCGCACGGCACAUUUAUCUUCAAAAUCAUGAACGAACCCAUACUGGAGAGAAACCCUAUGAAUGUAAUCAGUGUGGUAAAGCCUUCGCACGGCAAGGCCAUCUUCAAACUCAUGAAAGAACCCAUACUGGAGAGAAACCCUAUGAAUGUAAUCAGUGUGGUAAAGCCUUUGCAUGUCUCAGUACUCUCCGAAAGCAUAAAAGAACCCAUACUGGAGAGAAACCCUAUGAAUGUAAUCAGUGUGGUAAAGCCUUUGCACAGCACAUUCAUCUACAAAGUCAUGAAAGAACCCAUACUGGAGAGAAACCCUAUGAAUGUCAUCAGUGUGGUAAAGCCUUUGUGUGUAACAGUUAUCUCCGAAUGCAUGAAAGAACCCAUACUGGAGAGAAGCCCUAUGAAUGUAAUCAGUGUGGUAAAGCCUUUGUAUGUCACAGUAGUCUCCAAACACAUGAAAAAACCCAUACUGGUGAGAAACCCUAUAAAUGUAAUCGGUGUGGUAAAGCUUUUGCACGGCAAGGCCACCUUCAAACUCAUGAAAGAACCCAUACUGGAGAGAAACCCUAUGAAUGUAAUCAGUGUGGUAAAGCCUUUGCAUAUCCAAGUAGUCUCCAAAAACAUAAAAGAACCCAUACUGGGGAGAAACCCUUUGAAUGUAAUCAGUGUGGUAAAGCCUUUGCACAGUACUGUCAUCUACAAAGUCAUAAAAGAAGCCAUAUUGGAGAGAAACCGUAUGAAUGUAAUCAGUGUGGUAAAGCCUUUGCUGAUCAAAGUAGUCUCCAAAGACAUAAAAGAACCCAUACCGGAGAGAAACCCUAUGAAUGUAAUCAGUGUGGUAAAGCUUUUGCAUAUCACAGUACUCUCCGAAAGCAUAAAACAACCCAUACUGGAGAGAAACCCUAUGAAUGUAAUCAGUGUGGUGAAGGCUUUGCACAGCACAUUCAUCUACAAAGUCAUGAAAGCAGCCAUACUGGAAUUAAAACCCUAUUAAUGUAAUAGGUUUGGUAAAGCCUUUGUAUGUCACAGUAGUCUCCAAACAUGUGAAAGAACACAUACUGGAGAGAAACCCUAUGAAUAAAAUCAAUGUGGAAAAGCCUUUGUAUGUAUAGUAAUCUCUGAAAACAUAAAAGAACCCAUAUUGGAGAGAAACAUUACGUAUGUAAUUAAUUAGUGUGGUAAAGGUUUUGUUUAUCAUAGUCAUCUUCGAAGACAUGAACUAACACAUGCUGGAGAGAAAUCCUAUGAAUGUAAUGAGUGUGGUAAAGCCUUUGCACUUCAUAGUAUUCUUCAAAUGCAUAAAGGAUCAUACACUGGAGAUAAACUCUGUGAAUGUUAUCCGUGUAGUAAAGCAUUUGCAUGUAUGAAUACU